AUGCUCCACAUCGACCAGCAAAUUGGAGCUGGGCUCUCCCAUGGUGUUGAAAUGGUUGUGUCGACAUAUACCGCCGACAAAUACGUUUGGAAAAUCAUAAGGGGUCACUACGGACCAGGGUUCGCAGCCUACAUAUUGAAGCAAAACCUUGCUACCCAGCAGGGCAAGGAAACAGGAGAGGAAAUCAACCUGGUUGCCCUCGGCGUCAACAACGGCUUCACCCACGCCGCCGACGUCUACAAGUCCUACAUUGACUAUGCCAUGUUUGCCCGCGCUCAACAAGUGCCCGAGCCCGACCGGCGGAAUGCCGCUUGCGUUGCUGCAUCGGUGAGACGCUACGAGCUGAUUCAAGGGCCUAUCGCAUCAACUGCUAGCUUUGAUGUACGCGCCCUCACCCAGGACCCCAACCCGCCCAGCACCUAUAGCAAGUACCUCUUGCGCUUAGACGUUGUCAACGCGAUUAGCGCUCGCUCGCUGUAUCCAGAGUGUCCCAUGACUGCGUAUGGGCUCUUUUCCGCAACUGGAGAUAGGUAUCGGUCAUAUAUCCAGUAG